AUGGCGGCGACCGCGAACGAGCAAGUUGUUCGCCCACCUGCUGCAGAGCAGGUUGCUUUGGCUGUAGCGGAGGCGGCUGGUAAUCAGCCUCGACAGGCCGAGGGUCAAGUUCUGGUCCAACAAGUUUUCAAUGCUCCAAAUGAUGGCGGAGGCCACGCUAACGCUCCAGCUCUUAAGGUAUCGUGUUUCAUAUCUUUCGGUCGUGGAUUUAAGUUCCCUCAUUUAGCCGGGUUUCGUUUUUCUUUAAGAGGUGGAAAAAUUGUAGUUUUAUGCCUACGUGGAGGCAAAUUGUUAGUUUUAUUUACGCCUGUGUGGCUGCACGUCUGUAUUUUUAUGCCUGUGUGGUGCUAAAUAGUGAGUUUUAUUUACGCCGGUGUGGCGAUAAGUUUAUGCCUGUGUGGCAGUAAGUCUGUGGUUUUAUGCCUGUGUGGCAGUAAAAUUGUGAGUUUUAUUUUCGCCGGUGUGGCGAUAAGUUUAUGCCUGUGAGGCGGCAAGUUUGUGGUUUUAUUCCUGUGUGGCGGUUGAAUAGUGAAUUUUUUAUUUACACCUGUGCGGCGGUAAGUUUAUGCCUGUGUGGCGGUAAGUUUGCAGUUUUUUUGCCUGUGUGGUAGUAAAGUUGUGAGUUUUAUUUUUCGCCUGUGUGGCGAUAAGUUUAUGCCUGUGUGGCUGUCAAUUUAAGAGUUUUGUUUUCGCCUGUGUGGCGAUGAGUUUCUGCCUGUGAGGCGGUAAGUUAUAGUUUUUCACGCCUGUGUGGCAGUAAAUUGUGAAUAUUUUUUACGCCUGUGUGGUGGCACGUUUUUUGUAGUUUUUAUGCCGGUGGGGUGGUAAAAUUGUGAGUUUUCUUUAUGCCUGUCUGGCGAGGAGCGUAUCCUUGUGGAAGUAAUCCCAACAGCUUAGUAUUGUUCCGAUUUUGUUUUAUUUUCUAUUUGGUGUUACAUUGACAUCUAGUUUUUUUCUUCCUGUAGUUUUCGCAUCUAAUUGUUAGUCUUCUAACUCCAUUACACUGUGAAGUUUGUCGUGCAAAUAAUAAUAAUAUAAAUAAAUGAAAUAAAAGAAAAAUUAAGGAAAAGAAAAAGAGCUAAAGGAAAGAGUUUCGUCGAAAUCCGGUUUCCUAACUCGGAUGCACGCUUGUCCUUUAUACCUCGGGUGAAUUCAGAUAACUUUGCAGUCUGACGNAAUGAAAUAAAAGAAAAAUUAAGGAAAAGAAAAAGAGCUAAAGGAAAGAGUUUCGUCGAAAUCCGGUUUCCUAACUCGGAUGCACGCUUGUCCUUUAUACCUCGGGUGAAUUCAGAUAACUUUGCAGUCUGACGUUGACACUGUUUUGCGUCGUUUUCGUUCGGAUCAUGUUUAGUAUAUCUUGUUUAUGGUUUACGGGUUUUUAGUGAUUUUGAAAGAGAAAUAGAAGAAAUAGAAAGAGGUGAGACUCAAACAAACGAGCUUGUUUUAAACUAUUUUCAUUCUAUGAUUUGUCUUGCAUAUGUUGGUUUGGAUUUUGCAAAUUGCUCUUAUGUCAAUUUCUAUCUGGCUUGUUGCGGACAAAAUUGUGAGAGGCCUCGGUCAAGGCAUGACAAUGUGGUUUGUUUUUGUUUUCUUUUUGACACCAGUUUUUAACGCUGUCCCUGUUUAAGGACGCUCAAAAUAUGAAUGCAGUAAUGACACGCCUUCGAAGGCUCGAAGAUGGUCAAAAGGCUACAGUGGACUCGUGUUUGGAGGAAUUCAGACACUUGGUCAAGUCGCCAAUGUUCACGAAGGAUCGUGCUUUGGAUCGUCUAUAA